AGGAAAAAUAUAUAGGAAACGUCUCCGCAGUAUCAUCUUAAUUUCUCGCAGAACCCAUGGCCAAUUGCCAAAUCAUGAUCAUGUGCCCAUGUGUUCUUCUUUUAAUUUUUAAACUGCAACUCGCAAUACAAGACACAGUCUGCUGGGCAAUAAAAAAUAAAAUUCUUAAGCAACGUCCCUAUUCUGUCCUACCCUAUUAACCUUUUCUACAUAAACAGAUCAAACGAUGCUCAUAUAUUGCAUCCUUCUAAAUUUUUUCAUCAUAAUUAAAUAAUUUCUCCUCUAACCACCACUACUAUGGUAACUCCUCAAUCGCCGGGUGCAUAUGGGCCAAAGCAAUAUACUUAUGAACAACUAGCAGAGGCAGCUCAUAGUUUCUCCUGCAGGUACCUCCUCGGCGGGGGUGGUUUUGGUGAAGUUUUUGAGGGAUCACUGCAUGGUAAAACCUUUGCUAUUAAGAAACUUAGAAAUAUUCCGAAUCAAGAGCUGAAAGAAGGAUUGGAGCACGAGAUCAGGGUCCUUAGCCAUGUCAGCCACCGAAAUCUUGUUAAGAUGGCGGGUUACUGCAUUGAUGGAGCCAAUGUAUUGCUUGUUUUAGAGUAUUUUCCCAGUAAAUCUUUGAAAGUUAAUUUACAUGGCGAGUUCUUUUCAUUCCCUUAUACACUUGAAUACACAAAAUAAGAAAUAUAUUAGUAAGUUCUUACAAAUGAGAAAGGGCUUCACAGAAAAGAAGUGUUUGGAUUGCCAAAAACAAUGAAAAUUGCUAUUGGCUCUGCUAGAGGACUGGAAUAUCUACAUCUAUACUAUAGCUGAUGCUCUUGAAGAAGAAAUUCAUCUUAAGGAUAUUUGGGAUGGCAAUGGCCACAAUUUCCUGCAAAAUUCUGAAUAUGGAUAUGGUGGGAGGAUCGAGUAUGGAAAGCCAAAUAAUUCAAGACCGAGUUUAAGUAUGGAUCAACAUAUAAAGGGAGGAAACAAUAUGAAUAUGAGGGUGGUGGAUCGGAGUAUGGAAGUGAGUAUAGGUGUAGAACAAGCGACUGAGGUGCAAGACCAUGGUAAGGCCGAGUCUAAGUAUGGAUCAAAGUAUGAAGGGAGAAAACAAUAUGAAUAUGAGGGUGGUAAAUCCGAGUAUGGAAGUGGGUAUAGGUAUAGACGAAGUAAUUGUGAGGAAGGGGACCAUAACAAGACCGAGUCUGAGUAUGGAUCAAAGUAUGAAGAGAGAAAACAAUAUGAAUAUGAGGGUGGUGGAUCUAAAUUUGGAAGUGAGUACAAAUGUAGACCGAGUGAGCAUCAUGAAGGAGACCAUAGAAAGAUCGAGUAUAAGUAUGGAUCAAGGUAUGAAGGGAGAAAACAAUAUGAAUAUGAAAGUGAUGGAUCUAAGUGUGGAAGUAGAUAUAGGCAUAGACCAAGUGACCUUGAGGAAGGAGACCAUGGCAAGACGAAAUCUGAGUAUGGAUCAAAGUAUGAAAGGAAUAAACAAUAUCAAUAUGAGGGUAGUGGACCUGAAUAUGGAAGUGGGUAUAGGUAUAGAUCAAGUGAUCGUGAGGAAGGAGACCAUGACAAGACCGAAUUUAAGUAUGGAUCAAGGUAUGAAGGGAGGAAAUAAUAUGAAUAUGAUGGUAAUGGAUUUGAGUAUGGAAGUGGGUAUAGGCAUAAAUCAAGUGACCAUGAGGAACAAAACCAUAGCAAGACCGAGUAUGAGUAUGAAUCAAGGUAUGAAGGGAGAAAACAAUAUGAAUAUGAAGGUGAUGGAUCUAAGUAUAGAAGUGGAUAUAGGUAUAGACUAAGUGACCUUGAGGAAGGAGACCAUGGCAA